AUGGCAGCCCCUAAUGGUCCGCUGCCCAUGGCAACCCCGGCCAGGUCCUUCGCCGAUCUCCUCUUUGCGGUGCCUCAACCACUGCCAGAGAUGGAGGUCCCUUUCCGUCAGCCAAAAACCAUCGACGGUGAACUGGUUUUCACGUUUUCAGUGGAGGAGAUUGAAAAAAUUGCACAACCGUUUCGGUUUUCCAUUGUUCUGAAAUUCCUCCGACAAAGGCCAUCUUUAGAUGCAGUUAGAGCCUUCAUCCGAAAUCGGUGGGGCUUGUCCAGCAUGCCUGUUGUUUCAGCGAUGCAGCGUCCACACCAUGUCUUCGUUUGGAUGGCUAACGAGAUGGAUUUCAAUAAGGCCCUGUCCAGAGAAUCUUGUGAGGUAAAUGGCAUCUUUUACCGGCCUUUUGCAUGGACACCAGAAUUCGAUGAAGACUAUGAACCACCGUGUGUACCAGUUUGGGUGUUCUUGCCUGGGCUUCCACCGAGUUUUUACCAGCCGUCAAUUUUAAAGAUGAUCACAACUCCCAUUGGCAGGUUUAUUAGAUGUGAUAAUUCCACUACGUGUGCUAUGAGUACAGAUGGUGCUCGGAUAUGUUUGGAAGUAGACUCUUCAAAGGCCCCGAUUAAUUACUUUUGGAUCGGUAAGCCUAGGGUCCCUAGAAGUAGACGGCAGGAGAUUAUUUUCGAGACGUUGCCGGCAUACUGCUCCAAAUGUAAAUGUCAAGGACACAAUGCUCAAACUUGCCGCAAGGAUUCCGAUCAGAAGAAGCAGGCGAAAGCCUCAAAGAAAUGGGAAGGUUUGGUGCAUCAUGAAGAUGCUGCAGUGGUCGAGAAUCCCCCUACGUUGAAGGCUGAAAUUGGUGGGAAGGAGGUCUUGGAUGAUGCAACUGGAAAUGGGAAUGUUGAUAGCAUGGAGGUGCAGCUUACUCAGGUGCAUCAGCAUGAAACAACCACGGUUUAUACAGAGGAGCCGAGUUCGUAUAAGGGUCAAGAGUUGGAGCAUGGUGUGGGUUUGAUGAGUGAAACGUGUGUGGCGAAAGGUGCUGGUUCGGUUUUGGGUAUCACAGAUAAGGAAGGGAGGUCUAACGAUAUUCCUCUUUUUCAAGUCACGGAACUUAUGGAGGAUGGGUCCAGUUUGCAUGAUGAGAUUAUGUUACAGGAGAAAGAUGACGAGAAUGUGGAUAACUUGAUCUCUACCGGAUGCAAUGAUGAGGGCAAUAAAGAGUUGGCUAUUGAAACACAAUCGGAUCAUGAAGUUGAGAGUGUUUCUAUGAUAGAGGAUAUGCAAAAAGAUUAUUCCACGGACUCGGAAGACAUGACUAAAAAUGCAGGUUGCACCGUUUACUUCUCCCAGGAAAUUGGUAUUUAUCGCGCUAAGAGGAAAUGUAGCACAAUACCUUCUGUGGGCGCCAAAUCGAUGGGGGCAUUGUUGUUAGUGGUGGUUUUCGGUGGAAGAGGACAGCCGUGUAGCAACAUUUUUGGGUGGGUUUUGCUUAAUGUGCAGUGGUUGAAUGGGUCGAACCAAUUUGUUUCUGUAAAAGUUGAGGAGAACAGGUUUGUUUUUAUUCUCACUAUCGUCUAUGCUAAGUGCAAUCCUAUUGAAAGGAAGAAUCUUUGGGAAGAUCUGGUUGAGAUAAGUAAUGGAAAUCUUCCGUGGAUUCUCUGCGGCGAUUUCAACAUUAUAAGAGAGGAUUCAGAACGAUGGGGGGGACUCCCUCGACCUUUUAAUGCUAUGGGGGAGUUCAAUAUUUGCCUUCAAAACUGCGGGGUUAUGGAUAUGAGAUCACAAGGCGCAUUGAUGACCUGGUGUAAUGGCCAAAGUGGCUUGGCUCGUAGUUGGGUUUUGUCUCGUUCUACCUCUGAUCACUCUCCUUUAGUGAUUCAAAUGGGUGAGGACCCAUUCAGGUAUGGGCCUAGCCCUUUUCGUUUCCAAUUUAUGUGGACUAACCAUGCAGAUUUCCUUAGUUUCAUGGAGGGGAAUUGGAAUCAAGAUGGGCUUGGUUCUGGUCUUUUUAAGUUAUCCUUUAAGCUUAAACGACUUAAGGUGGCGCUUAGGGAUUGGAAUCAACGUGUUUUUGGGAGAACAGAUGUGAUUAUCAAGGAUAUUGAGCAGCGUAUUGAUCGCCUGGAUAAUAGCCUUCAGAAUUCUUAUUCUAUUCAGGAUGAUAAUGACCUCUUGGCUGCCAAUUUGGAACUCUUAACUUGGAAGGGUCGGGAAAACAUUCGUCUGUCUCAUAUGGCUAAGAAAAGAUGGUUGAUAGAUGGGGAUAAUAAUUCAAAAUUUUUCCAUGCUUAUUUGAAUGCUAAAAAUCAAAAGAGGGUUACUGAUAUGUUUCUUGCAGAUGGUACUCAUUUAAAUAACCCUCUUGAGAUUCAUAAGGCCGUUGUUGAGUAUUUUAAGCAGUUUUUGGGUGAGAAUAGCCAUUGUGAGUUUUCCAGUUUACAGGAUUUGAUUUCCCCAGUGAUUACCGCGGAUGAGAAUUUGAUGCUUUGUAGUACUCCUUCGAUGGGUUAUAUUAAGGAUGCUUUGUUCAGUAUUCCUAUUGAUAGUAGCCCGGGUCCGGAUGGUUUUGGUUCCGAUUUCUUUAGGUCCUGCUGGGAGAUUGUUAAAGCAAAUCUUUUGGAGGCGGUUUCUGAGUUCUUUCAACAUCAGCUGCUCCCUAGAUAUUAUUCUGCGUCUUUUAUUGUUCUUAUCCCAAAGGUGGAAUCUUCUACGGGUUUUGACAAGUUUAGGCCUAUCAGCUUGUGCUCUGUGGUUUAUAAGAUCUGUGCGAAAAUUUUGGUGGGCUGCCUCACGAGUGUGCUUCCUAAGAUGAUUUCACAAGAGCAAGGGGCCUUUAUUCCUAGUCAUAGCAUUUUUGAAAAUAUAAGUCUUACACAGGAAAUGGUCCAUUCUAUUAAUAAAACCACUAUAGGGGGUAAUGUCUUGGUUAAGCUUGAUAUGUCCAAGGCUUAUGAUAGAGUAAAUUGGAGGUUCCUUAUUCAGGUUCUGGAUUCCUUUGGGUUUUCUCCUCAGUUUUGCGCUUUGAUAAACCUUUGUAUUUCAUCACCUUGGUAUUCUAUUAUGAUGAAUGGUACCUCCUUGGGUUUCUUUAAGGGCGAACGUGGUCUGAGGCAGGGCGAUCCGCUGUCUCCUUAUUUAUUUGUCAUUAUGCAGGAGAUACUAUCUCGGUUGCUUAAGAAUGCUUUUGAGAAUGGAAAAAUUGGCAGGUUUUUUCAAGCUAGAGGUACGCCCUUUAUUUCCCACCUUAUGUAUGUGGAUGAUAUUGUUAUUUUCUCUAAUGGUGGGAAGAAGUUUAUGAGAGGGUUGAUGGAGGUGCUUAAUCUUUAUGAGAAGUGGACAGAAGGUUCUUUUCCCUUUAAAUAUCUGGGAGUUCCUAUUGUGAUGGGUCGUUUGAAGGUUUGUGAUUUUGGUGACCUGAUUGGUAAAUUUAAUAAGAAAGUUUCAGGGUGGAAAAUGAAAUUGAUCUCUACUGGGGGUCGUGUUAUUCUUUUACGUCAUGUUUUAUCGAGCAUGGCAACUCAUCUCAUGGUCGUCCUUCAUGUUCCCCAUGGUGUUUAUGUGGCAUUGAACAGGAUUAUGAGCUCCUUUUUUUGGGGUGAUUUUGAAGGGAAAGGAAAGAGGAAGUGGGUGGCUUGGAAAAAUAUUUGUCAUCCUACGGAGGAAGGCGGUUUGGGUAUUCGGGAUUUUGAGGAGAUUCAGAGGGCCUUACAUAUGAAAUUUGCUUGGCAUUUAAUUCAGGGGCAUUCUUUAUGGGCAGAUUUUUUCAGAGGCAAGUAUGUGAAAGGUAGUCACUUAUCCCUUUUGAACCCUACUAAAGGAACUAGGUUUUGGAAAGCCAUUGUGCAUUGCAUCCCGGAGGUUUUAAAUAAUUCUAAGUGGCUGGUGAGAGAAGAUAAUGUUUCCUUUUGGUACGAUAAUUGGGCGGAUGGGGGUCCUAUUGGUGAUCAUCUUCUAGUUCUUGAGAGACCUUUACUUAGAGUCAAAGAGUGUCGGCUUGAUAAUGGUUGGGAUACUAGUGGGUUCACAAAAAGCCGAAGAUCUGUUUCAGUUUUUGGCGACUAG